AUGACGAGCAAACGAUCAAGAGCCAUUAAGGACUUGCCGGAAGGAUGUAUUGCCGCGAUACUCUCUCAUACAACUCCGGUUGACGCCGGCAGAUUCUCUGUUGUUUCUAAGGGGGAUUCUUUUCAUUCUGCGGCCGAUUCCGACACGGUGUGGAAUCGUUUUCUGACUUCCCAUCCUCAAGGCAUAACCGCUUCUACCAAAAAAGCUCUUUAUCUCGCUCUAUCUGAUCGCCAUAUCAUCAUCGACAAUGGUAAAAAGAGCUUUCAAUUGCACAGAAAGAGUGGACAAAAGUGUUACAUGCUUGCUGCUAGAUCUCUCACCAUUGAGUGUCGUUGUGUGUAUCGUGUGAAAGAGUUGAUUCCUAUGGAUGAUUCUAGGUUUCCUGAAGUUGCUAAGCUUUCUCUUUUGUACUCGCAUGAAAUUCGUGGGACUAUUAACACUCUUUCCUUGUCCCCAAAUACUCAGUACGCGGCUUAUCUCGUGUUCAAGAUGAUCCAUGCCUAUGGACAAAAGAACAAACCCGUGUGCUUUAAUGUUGGUGUUGAUGGUGACCGUAGAAGCGUUAAAUCCGUUUGUUUGGAUCCAGACUUGGAACAUUGGCGGAAGUCGCACUACAAUGAAGAAGGAUUGCAGCGUCCUACUGUGAGAAGUGAUGGGUGGUUGGAGAUUGAGAUGGGAAAAUUCUUCAAUUCAAGCCCUAAAGAUGAAGAAGUCCGUAUGAGUGUUCUCCAGAGGAGUGGUUAUAGGAUCAAAGGAGAUUUGUUUAUUGAAGGAAUAGAAGUUAGCCUAAGUAAGAGAAUUAAGCAAUAUUCAUAGAACUGUACUAAGGUCUCGUGUCUUGAUUCUUGAAUGGCAAAAACAAUGCUUGUAUAAACUAAAUAUUUGUGUUUUUAUGUA